UCGCCACCACACUAAGCUCAUCAACUCUCAUCGCAAUUCACAACCCGCGAAGCGCGCGCACGCUCGCCCACGCCAGGUGCUGCUGAGCUGAACCGGGGGCCGGGCAUGGACGACACGGCGGCGACGCUGGCGACGGAGCUGGACGGGCUGCUGGCCAUGGCGAGGGAGCUGGAGGUGCGCCUCGAAGGCGACCAGGGCGCGCCGGGCACCGCCAGGGAGCUCUGCGCCGCUCUGGCCGCGUCCGUCGACCGGGCCAUGCGCCUCGCCGGGAGCAGCCCGCGCGGCGGCGGCGACGGCGAAGGCAAUGCCACCGGCAGGGCGAGCGUGAGCGGCAGGAAGGCCGCAGCGGGAAAGGUGAGGAGGCAGGUGCGGGUGGCGUCGGUGACGGACGCGGGGCCGCUCAACGACGGGCUCAGCUGGCGCAAGUACGGCCAGAAGGACAUCCUCGGCGCCCCGUACCCGCGGGCAUACUUCCGGUGCACGCACCGGCACACGCAGGGCUGUCAGGCCACCAAGCAGGUGCAGCGCGCCGCUGCCGACCCGCUGCUCUUCGACGUCGUGUACCACGGCACGCACACCUGCGCCUGCGCCCAGGCCGCCGCGUAUCAACAGUCGCCUGCUAGCUUCGGGCAGGAGCAGCAGAGCCCGCCGGCCGCGGCGCCGGAGGAGAUUCAGUGGCCGGCCACGCCGCCCUCGUUCCCUUCCCCGCCGGACGGCAACGUUGGCGACUGCUACCCCUCCGUGUGCGAGCUUGACGGCGGCUACGGCUACGGCUACGCUGCCGGCGGAGGCCUCGGGGCUGACAUGUGGUUCGGGAGUCAACUGGACGAGUGGUUCCUGAAUCUGUCCGAGGUUAAGAACCUGUAGGUGCUUGCUGCAGCCAGCAUCGUACUGUGUAGUGUAUUCGCAGCACUGCAGCUGUAUUUAGAUUCAGACUCGUGUGAUCGCCGGCCUGAGCGGACGAGCAGGGGAGCGGCAUCGGAUGAGUAGUUAGUCCAACAGUUUGCAUCUCGAGCAGGGAAAACAAUUGAACUAUCAACGUCUAGAGACUUAAUUUGAUUCUUGCGUAA